CAGCCAACCAGUCGGGGCCAAGUCCCCGGGCAAGAAGCGAUUGGGGGCGAGUGAGCUCGGCCCCACGGUCCCCCGUCCGGGUCCCCCAGCCCCCGCCCGGGAGCAAGGCGGUAUAUCCUGCACUCCCUCCCUGACCACCUCCCCUUCGUGGAAGCGGAGCGGCGGCCUCGCAGUAACGCAGAGGCGAAAUGUAGCGAGCCGGGUGUCGCGGCUGGACGCUCGCCUUGGCUGGGGGUGUAGGGGGCACGCCGGAGGCCGAGGAGGACUGCCGAGGAGGAGUGAUGAGAAGAGGGGGAUCCCUGCACCCCCCAAAAACACGGGUCCCUGCUGCCACACGCCAGGCGCCCCCCUUCCUCCCCAGCGAGGGGCAGGUGUUCCAUACAGAUUCUUGUGACUUUAAGGACCAGGGAUUUGGGAAGGUGCAAGGUCUUCCCAGGAAGGAAGGACAUCUCUGGAAAAAAGGAGAGAGACAGCAGACAGUGCCCUGGGACCAGCAGAGCCCGAGGAGCUGUGGGAAGCUGAAGGAGCCCAACCAGAGGCGGGGGAAGGAGCCACAGCCCCCGGCCGAGGCUGCCUUCUGAAAGAUCUGAACUCAAGCUACUUUAAUGAAAGAAGGGCCACCUCAGAGGGCACCCCAGACUUAGCUGGGCUCUUCUACUCUGGAUGGCCCUUGCUCUGAGAAGCCUGCACUGAGAACCAAAGAAGUUAAGAGGCCAGAGAAGCUUCCCCCAAGCACAGCGCUGGCCAGCUGGGUCAGGCUUCUGCACCCCUAGUGGCCGGCUGCAGAGUCUGGUGAGGAGUUUCUUGCUCCCCUCCAGCUCGUGGCUUCAGUGCUUGAUGGGGCUGCCUGUUGGUGGAUCAGUUUUUGCAGCACCUGAUAGGAGCGGAGAGCCGUGGGAAGAGGUCCCGCGGCGACCAAGCCUGGGUUCACCCCAAGACUAAGUUCUUUCCAGAGUUAGAAAGGGAGAGAAAGCAAACAAAGAGAGAAGAGUUCCCCCUUCUCCUCCUCCCUUCCCGUCAUGUCCUCUAAGCCGGAGCCGAAGGACGUCCACCAGCUGAACGGGACUGGCCCCACUGCCUCACCCUGCCCUUCGGAUGGCCCCGGGCGAGAGCCCUUGGCCGGGACCUCAGAGUUCCUGGGGCCUGAUGGGGCUGGGGUAGAGGUGGUGGUGACUGAGUCUCGCGCCAACGCCAAGGGGGUUCGGGAGGAGGACGCCCUGCUGGAGAACGGGAGCCAGAGCAAUGAAAGUGACGACGUCAGCACAGACCGUGGCCCCGCACCACCCUCCCCGCUCAAGGAGACCUCCUUUUCCAUCGGGCUGCAAGUGCUGUUUCCCUUCCUUCUGGCAGGCUUUGGGACUGUGGCUGCCGGCAUGGUGCUGGACAUCGUACAGCACUGGGAAGUCUUCCAGAAAGUGACAGAGGUCUUCAUCCUGGUGCCUGCACUGCUGGGGCUUAAGGGGAACCUGGAAAUGACCCUGGCAUCAAGGCUUUCCACCGCAGCCAACAUCGGGCACAUGGACACACCCAAGGAGCUCUGGCGGUUGAUCACUGGGAAUAUGGCCCUCAUCCAGGUGCAGGCCACGGUGGUGGGCUUCCUGGCGUCCAUCGCAGCCGUCGUCUUUGGCUGGAUCCCUGACGGCCACUUCAGUAUCCCACAUGCCUUCCUGCUCUGUGCCAGCAGCGUGGCCACGGCCUUCAUUGCCUCCCUGGUACUGGGCAUGAUCAUGAUUGGAGUCAUCAUUGGCUCUCGCAAGAUUGGAAUCAACCCAGACAAUGUGGCCACGCCCAUUGCUGCCAGCCUGGGAGACCUCAUCACCUUGGCACUGCUCUCAGGCAUCAGCUGGGGACUGUACCUGGAGCAGGAUGUCUGGCAAUAUAUCUACCCCCUGGUGUGUGCCUUCUUCGUGGCCCUGCUGCCUGUCUGGGUGGUGCUGGCUCGACGGAGCCCAGCCACAAGGGAGGUGUUGUACUCAGGCUGGGAGCCUGUCAUCAUUGCCAUGGCCAUCAGCAGUGUGGGAGGCCUCAUCUUGGACAAGACUGUCUCAGACCCCAACUUUGCAGGGAUGGCUGUCUUCACACCUGUGAUUAAUGGUGUUGGGGGCAAUCUGGUGGCUGUGCAGGCCAGCCGCAUCUCCACCUUCCUCCACAUGAACGGAAUGCCAGGGGAGAACUCUGGGCAAGCCCCUCGCCGCUGCCCCAGCCCUUGUACCACCUUCUUCAGUCCCGAUGUGAAUUCUCGCUCGGCCCGGGUCCUCUUUCUCCUCGUGGUCCCAGGACAUCUGGUGUUCCUCUACACCAUCAGCUGUAUGCAGGGCGGGCACACCACUCUUACACUCAUCUUCAUCAUCUUCUACAUGACAGCUGCACUGCUCCAGGUGCUGAUUCUCCUGUACAUCGCAGACUGGAUGGUGCACUGGAUGUGGGGCCGGGGCCUGGACCCGGACAACUUCUCCAUCCCGUACUUGACGGCCCUGGGGGACCUGCUUGGCACUGGGCUCCUAGCACUCAGCUUCCAUGUCCUCUGGCUCAUUGGGGACCGAGACACGGAUGUCGGGGACUAAGCUUGGUCACUCGGCCUUCUCUCCACCUCUCUGCACUUUCUGUGCCUUCUUUCGUCUUGUCUUCCAUCUCCAAACCCAUUUGCACACAGACUCUUAUACAGGCACCAAAACCAACUCUUCCGCCCCUGAGGCUGUGCCCCUGUGGUGUGCAGUCACCCCUGCCCCAGUCACUCACCGCUUCUUCAUCUCUGGAGUUCAGCCAGGCUGCCCUGGGGGAUUCCGGAGUGUCCUUUGCCACAAAAGCAAGAAGGUAGGCGUGCCCCAACCCCUGAGUGUGUGAGCAGAGGGAGGACUGCGGGGUGAGAGGGAAAGAAAAUGGACUUCAUGACUUUCAUGGAAGAUCCAUUUCUUUUCCCCCGAUUGCACAAACUGCAUGGACUUGUGGCCCAGCUGUGAGGAGCAACAUUGGUUUACGCUUCUAUCCUUAAAAAGUUACAGAACUGUGUCCUACGACAAUUAUUUAUAGUGACUAUAACUGAAUUGACAAAUGUCAACGUAACUGAUAAAUUAUAUUUGGUAAAAUAAAGAGGACGUUUAUUUA